GGAGGGAGGACAGAAAGCAGAACGUAGUUUAGAGAUCGAGAGACGUAUGGAGGAAGAAAGCAGAACGUAGUUUAGAGAUCGAGAGACGUAUGGAGGAAGGGAAGAGGUCAGGGGGAGACGAGCAUGGGAAAAAGCGUGAAGAGGAAGAGGAGGAAGUGGAAGGAGGCCGGGAGGAAGGGGAAGACGGCAGGGUGAAGUCGGGCGGAGGGAGGGCAGAUGGAAGGAGGGAGGGAGGGGAGAGGUUGGGUGGGGUACGGAGCAAGGGAAGAGGGAACGAAGGGCUUGCAAAUUAUUUGUUCAAUUUGUGCACAGAGCUUGAUCAGAAGGAAGGCAGCAAGGAAGGGCUAGUAUGCACACUUCACAAAGCUUGGAGAAAUGUCUGCGACCAUAAGGAGGAGAUCGGCACGCAUGCAAGCCUCGGCAAAGUCAAGGGAAUUGGAAAGUGGGUGUGCCAGCAGGCCAAGAAAUACUAUGAAGAGAACAACCUGGAGCUUGGCUAUGAUGACAUUUCGCAGACGGAAAAUGGGCAUGGGGCGAGUGCAAGCGCUGCCGGUGAUCAAGUGGCAAACGGCGAAACACAGCAGAAAAAAGGGAGGAGAUAUUUACCCAAGAUUAAUUCUGCUCCUUUUGCUCUUCUCAUUACUCUAUACAGGGCAAAAGUGAAAGGCCAGUCAUACAUGCUUAAGGCAGAUCUUAUUGCUGCGACAGAGGAGAGUGGUCUCUCCCAUGCUCCCAUCAGAGGUGAUGGUACGCGGAUGGUGCCGGGAAGAGCUGGUGGCUUCAAUGCACGAGACUUAUAUGAUGGGUGGACUUGCAUGAACAAACAGCUGAUCCCCAAGGGUCUUGUGGUCAAGUCCAACUUACCUGCCAAGUAUAUGUUGACAGAGGAGGGAGAGCAAACAGCAUAUGAGUGCAUGGUCCGUGCAGGACUCGCAAGCAAAGAUGACGAUUGCCUUGCGCAGCGGCAAGGCAGCAAUGCUCUUGCGACAACAAGUGCCACAGCACCAUUCCCUGGCCACACAUCGUUGGCAAAGUCGGAUGGACUGUGCUCAGAGAGUGGAACUGCCACGAGACCCACUAAAAGAACGAAGAAGAACCAGCCCAAGUCUUCAACAGCCACAGCCAGCAGGGAUGACAUGGUCGCACAAGCACAAGAGCUCGGACAGACAGCCGAUGUCCAUCAGACUGGAAGGACUGAUGAGGAGCGACAGGGCCGUGGCCUAGCAAGUGGUGGAAUGGCUAGGCCGUGUUCAUUUGCUGCACCUGCAGAUUCUCAUUCUGUUGAUAUCGACCCGAAUCUCAAGUCAGAGGGAAUUGCUCAGUUGCUGAGCAUGGGAUUCAAGAGAAGCGACGCAGAAGCUGCUCUUGGCACAGGUAUUGUUCAUCAAGAAGGGAUGACUUCUGUGGAAGACAUUGUUCUUGAGGCAGUCGAAUGGUUGAUGUCACGGCCGGCUGCAGCUGCCAGUGCGGAUGACAAUGGCGGUUACAAAAAUGCAACUGGGUCGAUACAGAAUGCUGGCAGGCAUGAGCGAAUUCCACAGCAAUCUUCUCCCUCAACAGUUGACCUGUCUGAGUGUUCUGACAUGUGGGUCGGUGCAGCGUCCGAUUCUUUCCAUCCAAGUGCAGCUCCUGCUCCUGCAUCCGCUGUUUCUCCUAAAUACGGGAACAAACGCGCGGGAUCAGCUCUGCGGCAAGCGAAGGAGACGUCAUUCCAUCUGGAUAAACAGUGUGUCGCAGGCACUACUCGCAAUUCAAAAGAAGGAAUGGCGCAACCGGACACUGUACCACUGCAGAAAGAGAACGCAACUGUCGGUUUGCAGGUGGAAUCGCUGUCAACACAGACAGCACAUCUAGGUGCAUCAAGGCAGCUGGCGCCAUGUACAGCAAGGCCGCCGAGGGAAAGAGCAGCUCUGCAAAGGGAGAUAGACUCAGAUUUUCCCCAGCAGCCUCCGAUGGCCCAGUUCUCGAUGUCACAAACUGACUGCGGGGAGCCAUGCGGAUUGUCGUUAUCAGGUGCCAUGCAGACAGGUCUUGCUGUGGAGGCAGCUGAAGGGUUUGUGAGAGUUGGGCCUCCCGAUCCCGCUUUGCAAUUACCCCUGCCACCUCUGAGCGAAGGGCAAAGGUUUUCCGAAGCCUAUGGGGUCGUCCUCCUGCUGGAUCAUAGGGAGCAGUUUCUUCGGAAUUCCAACAGGGACAAUCCUAAGGAGCGAGCGGCAAGACUUCUCAGAUUCAAUGGCGGUAAUUGUGGAGUGGAUGUUGAUGUCCGGCAGUUGCCUGUUGGAGAUGCGUUGUGGGUGGCACGCGACAGAAGAACAAGUCAAGAGUUUGUGCUCGACUUCAUCAUUGAGCGGAAACGUGUUGAUGAUUUCGACAAAUCCAUCAAAGAUAGACGGUAUUAUGACCAGAAGCUUCGCCUUAUGAGAUCUGGGCUGCGUAAAAUCAUUUAUGUUGUAGAGGGUGAUCCUAACUGCUUAGAGAACAGCAAGGCUAUAAAAACUGGGGCAUUGACCACCGAGCUCAUGAAUGGUUUCGACAUGCUUCGGACUGCGAAUUACCAAGAAACCGUCCGCAGGUAUCGAGAGCUGACACGGGCGAUUGUUGACUUGUAUGCUGAGCGACGGGGAUGCCAUAGCCAUAGGACUCCUGGCAUAAGGACGUGUGGAGAUGAAGGGGAAGGGGAAUGUGAUGACAAUGACAGUGCAGCAGCUAGUUGCAAGAGUUUUACAGAAUUCUGUGAGCACAUGAGAGAUGUGCAGAAGCAGACCGUCACUGACAUUUUUGGCUUGAUGGUCAUGCAGGUUCGGGGAGUUGCAGAAGACGUGGCGCUUGCGAUCACCACAAAAUAUCCCACUCUCCAACAUCUGGUCAAAGCGUACAUUGCACUGGAACCUAACCGUGCCGCGCAGGAGCAGCUGCUGAGUAAUCUACGGACGAGACACAAAUCUGUGGGGAGUGCAAUCAGUAGAAGGGUAUACCAAUUGAUAUGGGCAGAUUCCUCAGAAAGAUCAUCGUAACGAUGACAGGGACGGUGUUCCCUGCGCCUGGUUUGUAAAGAUGAGGUGAUGAUUUGGGCACACACUUCAGUACGUCUUCAUUUCAUAUUGCUGAGCAUAGCACAGUCAAAGAGAAAGUCAAGUUAAACACUGUUGUUGGCACUUCUGGAUUCUCAGUGAGCGUAGCUUUGCUCAUUGUGCCAGCAACCUACCCAGUCAGUCAUGUGAGAGGCUCAGAGAGCUUUUUUUUUUUCUUUUUUCUUUUUUUACACACAAGCAUCCGGCGACGUUCUGCUGUUCCCUGGCGGUACGAGAGCCAACGGAAUUCGACUGAUUUCAAAUCUUAGUCAGUGUUUUUUUUUUUUUAAGGCUCCAUCUAUUAGUGCCAUUUUAGUGGGGAGCAUCACCGGCUGGGAAACGGGUCCAGCGUCCCAUAUACAAAAUGAAUUAGGAUGAUAUCA